AGACAAGCCACCAAAAGCUUCCAAAACCUCACAACAUGCAGCCAGAAAAUUUCCCUGAAAGUGGUUACUUUAACCGGUUUUUGUCCGGAAAAGGGACGACGGACGUUGAAACGUACUCAUAUCCGGCGAACUAUGAGCUUCCGGCUAAAAGUUCUUGCAGUUCCUCGUUUUGUCCUUGGGAAAUAUCUGGAUUUACGGAUACACCAGAGGCUCGAAGUCUAGCUGCUUCCAAGAAUCACAAAGAAGCUGAAAAGAGACGUAGAGAGAGAAUUAAUUCUCAUCUUGAUAGGCUAAGAAGCCUUCUUCCAUGCAAUGCCAAAACAGACAAAGCUUCACUACUAGCAAAGGUGAUUGAACGGGUUAAAGAGCUGAAACAAGAGACCUCAGAGAUCAUGCAACUUGAAAACGUCCCAUCUGAAAGCGAUGAAAUCACUAUACAUACCGAUGAUAAUGCAAGCUAUGGAAGAUUAUUGAUAGAGGCAUCAUUGUGCUGCGAAGACCGAUCUGACCUAAUAGUUGACCUAAUUGAAACGCUCAAAUCUCUCCAUUUAAAACCCUUAAGAGCGGAAAUGGUUACAUUAGGUGGAAGAAUUCGAAACGUGAUAAUUGUUUCUGGUGAAAAUGAUCUAAGCACAGAAUCAGUUGAGUACUUGAAAGAUGCAUUGAGAUCUUUGAUCCAACGUUCAAGUUCUGAGUCCGUGGAUCGAUCAAAAAGGCGAAGAGUCUUCAACCGCCAGUUGAUUGCGUAGGAAGUAGAAUUCAUAUGUAUUUAUCAUUGUUAAUUUCAUUGUUUUUAUGUAUGGGUUGGUUUGUAUGUGUGGAGUGUACGUAGUAG